CCGUAUGCAGGCGGGAGGGCGCGUGGCUUGGCCAGGGCUUGGAUAACCUCGCAUGCGUUUCCCCGCCUUCGCAGACUGCCUCGCAGCCUCAACUCUCACUUCGCAUUGUAUCAUGUCAAUGCGAUCUCCGUGCUGGCGGCAGCGGGCGGUAGCCUUGUUGCUUCUCGGUCUGCAGGUAGCUUCCGUGGUUGGUCAGACUUAUCACGUACUCCAGCCAGGCUCUCCAGCCGGAUCCAGCCAAUCACCACUUUCACACAUUGCUACCGAUCAUACACUUCAUGACCUACAUGAUGCUCUAUCAGUAAUGCAAGACCAAUACUUUUCCCUCUGGAUUGGGAAAUGGACCACGGCAAUAGACUGGACCGCUGCAGUCACAAGCACCCACCUUGCCGCAACGCUACGCUCACUGUCAGAUUCACUCUCCUAUACCAUGCCGGGCACCUUCGCCAAAUCGCAGAGGCUAGACGUAGAAGCGCAGAUGGUAGAAAGCGAGAUCAACAAGUACUUCGGGCAUCUUAUAACAUACUAUUUCGGACAGGACUACUUCGCCAUCCGCAUGCAAGCUUUCGACGAUAUGCUGUGGGUAGUGCUAGGGUGGCUCGAAGCGAUCCAGCUCAUCAAGACGCACUCUGAGAGACACUACCGAGAUAACGGACAUGGGAAAAGAGCUUGGCAUGCACAGCAAUUCAUACCUGCCUUUGCGCACCGCGCACGCGUGUUCUACGAACUGGCAGAAGAGGGCUGGGACUGGGAACUCUGCGGCGGAGGCAUGACGUGGAACCCGCGCCUCCUCCCGUACAAGAAUGCAAUCACGAACCAGCUAUACAUCUCCGCAAGCGUCAGCAUGUAUCUCCACUUCCCUGGCGACGAUAAUUGCUCACCCUUCUUGGGUGCCGCCGAGAGACAGCACCCAGACUGGACCCUGCGGUACGCAAAAGAGCAAAACCCCAUGUCCGCGUGCUCGGAGUCGGCCCAUGAACCAGAAUAUGACCCAGUUUACUUGCAAAAUGCGAUGGAUGGCUACGACUGGCUCGCAAACAGCGGCAUGCGAAACGCCGAGGGACUCUACACGGACGGCUUCCAUAUCCGCGGGUACGCGCAGAACCACAGCAAAACCGAGUGCGACGAGCGCAACGAAAUGAUCUACACUUACAAUCAAGGCGUCAUCCUAUCAGGUCUACGCGGCCUGUGGGAAGCAACAGGGAACCUCUCCUACCUGGACGACGCUCACGAGCUUGUGGCAAACGUGAUACACGCGACAGGCUGGACGGCUGCCAAAAUCGCCCCCUUCUCCUCUUCACACAGUAGCACUUCAAAAGGCGAGAGAGCAGGAGCAGGGACUCGUGGCGCCCUCGGCGCAAACGGCAUCCUGACUGAACUCUGUGACCCGUCCGCCGCCUGCAGCCAGGACGGCCAGACGUUCAAAGGCAUCUUCUUCCACCAUCUGACCGCCUUCUGCGCGCCGCUGCCGACGGUGCCCGCAAGGAAAGGGAAAACCCACGGAGCGAGCUACGAAGUAGCGUUGCUGCAUCGCAACUCGUGUGAUGCGUACGCGCCAUGGGUGGUGCGGAACGCGCGUGCUGCACUGGCGACGCGCGAUGCGGAAGGGAAGUUUGGCAUGUGGUGGGGCAUCAGAGACGACUCGGAAGGCGAAAGUGAGGGAGAUGGAGCAGCGCUGCCGAGCGCUGCGCUGGAUUAUAGGAAUGAUCCGAGGGUGCUCGGGACGGGCAAUUUCUCAGCGACGCUGCGAGAUGCGAGUGGCGAGACGAUAGGCAAGCGCAGCUGGACCGACGACGGCGAUCCGAAUGAGCGGGGCCGAGGGCGGACAGUCGAGACGCAGGGCGGUGGCGUCGCGGUUGUGAGGGCGAUGUGGGAGUUUCUGAAGUGGAGAGGUGAUUAUGAUGAUCAGAUGGCUGCGCUUGAACUGUAAGUCUUCAUGUGGGAGAAGGCUCACCUGGAAUUACAGGCCCAGUAUGUUCGGGGUUUUUGUUUUUCGGAUUUACACUUAAAUUUCUGCAUGGGUAUAUACGAUCUAAGCCUCAAUU